AUGGCCUUCUUUGUUGACGUCAAAGGUCAAGUUGAUCCCAGUAACAUCAGAUCUAGUGAUGAUGAGAGUGACGAUGAUUUCACAUUUAUUCCUAUGCCACAGAAAUCCAAACCAGCCACUGUCACAUCAAGAUACAUACUUAGACUUUGGAGAAUCAUCAUCAAAACGUUACAAUCUCAGUCAUCCAAAAAUUUACAAUUGCAAAGUGAUUCGCCCAAAAUAUCUACUUGUCAAGAAUUACAAUCUAGUGAAAUGGUCAGGCGUCUUGCUGAUCCAGAUAAAGCAUUAGAAAAAAGUGUCCUGCAGCCAGGUCUCGAAAAACUGCAUUCACUUCCAUCAUAUGAUGAAGGACGCCGUCUAAUUGCAAGAAAGCGAAAGGAGGAAAGAGCAAAGUCAACUGGCAAAAACUGGUAUAACAUGAAAGCUCCUGAACUUACAGAAGAAAUGAAAAAUGAUCUAGAAAUCUUAAAAAUGCGUUCCUCUCUGGACCCUAAACAUUUCUACAAGAAAAAUGACUUCAAGACACUCCCUAAAUAUUUCCAGGUUGGGCGUAUUGUUGAGUCUGCUGCUGACUUCUACCACAGCCGCAUUCCGAAGAAGGAUCGCAAGAAGACUCUUGUUGAUGAACUCCUGGCUGAUGCUGAAUUCCAGAAGUCUACCAAGAAGCGCUAUGCAGAGAUAAUAGCCGACCAGAAGAAGACUCACUACAAAGCGCACAGACAAGCAAAGCGACUGAAAAAGAAACAUUAAAUUCAUAGGUGUCACAGGCGUUGCAGCAGAAUUUUCCUGCUUAAACAAAAUUUCUAGCUUUAUCAAAUUUGUAAUGUAAGAAUAAAUUUUUAGAAAGUUCAGGAAAGUCCAGAACAUCAAAGCA